AGUCUGGGUCUUAUGUCCAUCACAAAGGAAAAGUAGGAAAAAGAAUAAAAACAGAAUAUAACAAGUCAUUCGGAAGGUAAUGAAAUAGGUUAGUAUUGUUCACAAUGAAUAUGUACCAGACUUCCAAAUUUAAGAUAAACACAGAGCUUCGCAAACAAUUAACCAGGGCAGAAAGUGCAUGGAUGAUAUAUGGAAAUGAUGCUCUGUCCCUUAGCAGUGCUAAGUUUAACAUUGGCCUCUCACUUGAACACCCCUGUAUUUUCCCAUUGCUACCUCAUUCACUCCCUGAGUUCAGACCCUGGUCUGCUAAUCUGCACUGUCAUGGGCACUUCUUGAGUCCUUAUCAGUCUUCCUCAGUGGGUCAAUGUUAUGAAGACUGGGGGAGUCUGGCAGAGUUCCUGCUCCUCCCAGGCCGAUAUCAAAGGGCAACAGGGACUGUGACAGAAGACAAACACCCAGACUAGAGCCAGAUGUGGAACUGAAGCAGCAAGAGGAAACACACGAGCAUAGGAAUUGAGAAGAUAACCAAGAACAAACUAUCAUCAGAGGAGUGUGCAGAUCCUGCCGGAUGCCUGCUUUUUCCCUUUUGGAACUCCUUUCUGUUAUUGUUUGGAGCACAGAGGGGCUGCUGAGAUGGAGGGUCCCAAGACUGAUACAGAAAUGCCAUAUCCUGAGAUGAUAGUAGAAGUGGGCGGAGUCACUUUUGGAGAAGAAAACAGGAAGAAGAUGACCAAUAGCUACUUGAAAAGAUCUGAGAACUCCAAAAUCAUCCAGGCUAUAUGUGCACUGUUAAACUCUGGAGGGGGCGUGAUCAAAGCAGAGAUAGAUGAUAAAACCUAUAGUUACCGAUGCCAUGGGCUGGGACAGGAUUUGGAAACUUCUUUUCAAAAGCUCUUUCCUUCAGGCUCACAGAAAUACCUUGACUACAUGCAGCAGGGGCACAAUCUCCUGAUUUUUGUGAAGUCAUGGAGCCCAGAUGUUUUCAGCCUCCCACUAAGGAUUUGCAGUGUGCGCUCCAAUGUAUAUAUGAGAGAUGUCACUUCCGCUAUCAACUUGAGUGCCACCAGUGCUCUGGAGCUUCUCAGAGAGAAGGAGUCUAGACGCCAAAGAGCAAGGCCAAGGGUGAAGGAGCUGCAGCCUUGGCAAGUUCUCCACAGAAACAUUCAGGAAGAGGAAGACAUGAAGACGUCUGCCUCAGAAUUUUUUAAAAGGGACAAACUCACGUAUAAGGAGAAACUCAACUUUACUGAGUCAACACACGUUGAAUUUAAAAGGUUCACCACCAAAAAGGUUGUACCUCGGAUUAAAGAAAUGCUGCCUCAUUAUAUUUCUGCAUUUGCCAACACUCAAGGGGGCUACCUAAUCAUCGGGGUAGAUGAUAAGAGCAAAGAAGUGUUUGGAUGUAAGAGGGAAAAAGUGAACCCUGAUUUAUUAAAAAAAGAAAUAGAAAACUGCAUAGAAAAAUUGCCUACAUUCCAUUUCUGCCAUAAGAAGCCAAAGGUGAAUUUCACUACCAAAAUCUUAAAUGUGUACCAGAAAGAUGUCCUGUAUGGUUAUGUCUGUGUGGUUCAAGUGGAGCCUUUCUGUUGUGUAGUGUUCGCACAGGCCCCAGAUUCCUGGAUCAUGAAAGACAAUUCUGUCACAAGGCUGACAGCUGAGCAGUGGGUGGUCAUGAUGCUGGAUAUUCAGUCAGCUCCUUCCGGUUUGGACAUGCACUACAGCUCUCAACUGAUUUCAGCAGCUUCAUCUGCACCAAGCAGCCCAGGAUAUCCCGUAAAAGUCCUGGAAUUUAAGGAGGCUCUGCAGCAACAUUUGUUUCCAGUGACACAGGAAGAGUUACAUUUUAAACCAGAGUCCCUCUGUCAGAAGCUAUUCUCAGAUCAUGAAGGACUGGAGGAAUUAAUGAAGACACAGAUACAUCCCUGUUCUCAGGGGAUUGUGAUAUUUUCUAGAAGCUGGGCUGGUGAUGUUGGCUUAAGGGAAGAACAGAACAUCCUGUGCGACGCUCUCCUAGUAGCAGUUAACAGCCCCCUGGUUCUCUAUACAAUCUUGAUAGACCCCAGUUGGCUUGGAGGACUUGACUAUGCCCAAAACACUGCUCGUCAGUUAAAGCGGAAACUGCAAACUGUUGGUGGUUACACAGGAAAAGUGUGCAUCAUUCCAAAGCUGAUCCACCUGACCAGUGCACAGUGCAGGCCUGGUGAGAUCCCUGUGCACUACCCCCAAUCCUACAGACUUGCAGAUGAGGAUGAAAUGGAAGGCCUGUUGCAGGCCCUUGUGGUGGUCUCCCUGUGCUCCAGAUCUCUCCUGAGUGACCAGCUGGGCUGUGAAUUUUUCAACUUGCUCAUAGCAGAGCAGAGCGCGUUGCUUUCUGAGAGCCUCCAGGAGACGCGGGAAUUGUUCAUCCACUGCUUUCCGGGAACCAGGAAGACAGCCCUAGCCAUAAAAAUCAUGGAGAAAAUUAAGGAUUCGUUCCACUGCAAACCAAAAGAGAUCCUCUAUGUUUGUGAAAGCGACUCCCUAAAGGAUUUCGUGAUCCAACAAACCACCUGCCAAGCUGUGACCCGGAAAAACUUCAUGCAAGGGGAGUUUCUAAAGACCAAACACAUAGUGAUGGAUGAGACUGAGAAUUUCUGCAGUAAAUACGGUGAUUGGUACAUGAAGGCUAAGAACAUCACCCAUCCAAAGGUGAGAGGGGCUGGAAGUGAAAACCUUCACCAUGGGGUUCUCUGGAUUUUUCUGGACCCUUUCCAAGUCCAUCAUGCAGAUGUCAGUGGUCUUCCCCCUCCAUCUGCUCAGUUUCCUCGAAAAACAAUCACCAAUGGGAUCCACUGUGCUCUGGAGAUAGCAAAGGUCAUGAAAGAAGAAAUGAAGAGAAUCAAAGAAAAUCCUCCCUCCAACUUGUCCCCAGACACAUUGGCGUUGUUCAGGGAAGCUGCCUAUGAGGAGGCAAUGUGUGCCCAGGCUCUGCCUGGGGUGUGUGAGACAAAGACUAACCUGACAACAGAACAAAUAGCGAAUUAUGUGGCAGAAAGAUGUCACAACUUCUUCCAGCGUGGCUAUCUGCCCAAAGACAUAGCAAUUCUAUGCAGGAGAGGAGAGGACAGAGGACGCUAUAAGCUUGCACUGCUAAAAGCAAUGGGAUUAAUUGAGACCCAAGGAACAGCAGAGGUUGUGUUCAGCCACGCCACUGGUGUUUGCGGCAGUCGCAUCAUUCUAGAUGGUAUUCAGCAGUUUUCAGGCCUGGAGAGGAAUAUCGUGUUUGGGAUCAGUCCAGAAUGUGCCCAGUCAGAGGAAUUUCCUAAGCUCUGCUUUGCCUCGAGAGCCAUUAAACACCUUUACCUGCUUUAUGAAAGGAGGGUAGCCUUCUGAAAAUUAUUACAAAUAGGGUAGGAAGCUAGGAAGAGCAGAGUCCAUUCACCCAGAUGGGUGAUACAGCCACUCCUUUUUAAUAUUACAUGUAAGGAAAUCAAGGCACAUCAGUAUGGCCUGGAGCCACAGAAGUGACUCUUGGAGCUGACACUUCCACUCUAUUUGCAGUGCCACUGUCCUUUUCCUAGUCCUCUCCACCUCCUCCCUGGCCAUUACAACAGACUUCUAACUGGUCCCCUGCCUCCAGCUUUCCUAGCUCAAUCCAGCUGUUGUCCUGUCAACCAGAGAGAGUCUCCUCAAAUAGAGAACUGAUUUUAUAAAAUCCUCUGCUAAUAUACCUUCAGUGAGCCCCUACAGCUUCAAACCAAACCAAUUUUCAAACCUUUCCAUGGUGCACCUGAUUUACUCUCCUAACCACACCCUUUAUUAUAUACCUCCAUCUCCCAGGUUUUCCAAUGCACCCCAGCCUCACUGGCCUAUUUUGGGGUGGUGACAGUGCACCUCAGACUAGUUAUUUUGACUGGGUGUCUCAGGGCAACAGCUUAACUGGCCCCUCAUGCUGGCUGCGGGUCUUGAGCUUCACAGGUCCAGAACUCUUUGCACCAAGUAUAGAUCAGUCUCCUGAGGAUGCUUUAUGCCAACCAAGCUCACAAAGAACCAGUGCAUAAGUGAAAAUCACACUCUGUUAAUUUACAGUGAAGACUGUAAUCACAAGUGGGUCAGGUGCUUUUGCUAAUCAGUGCAUUCAGCAGUAACAUAGGAAGGUGAAUUAUAUGAGCUUAGCCUUGCAGGAAGGGAAGCUGGUAAUCUGAUUCAAAUUUUAGACAUCUUCAGGCUAUAAUAGACUAUUACAAUAUCUAUAAAAUAAGGUUGCAAUCAUUUCUAAAAUGAAAUUUUUCCAUCACAAGGACUAGACAGGUCAGGUUUCACAAGCUAAGGCAAAUUUUGAAUACUAAGGAUGACUAGUUGUUCAAUAUUAUCUGCCCCAGGUGAAGUUUUGUUGUUGUUUUUGUUUUUGUUUUUUUGAGACAGAGU